AUGUCCGAGGUGGUUCUGCUGAGAGUGCCGCAGCGCGACCGCCGCUACAACGGGGGCCAGCUGCUGUUCGGGCCAGACCGAUUCCUGUACGUCACGACGGGCGACGACGCCAGCAACGCCAGCCACCGCUUCGAUCUCGAUGCUCAUGAAGCCGUCCCCAACGCCAACGAACUUGCACACUCCCAGGCGCGAGGUCUCACUCGCCGCACCGAGAGUGGGCAAUUGGAGUCCGGGGGAGGGUCUCCCUCUUCGGAGGAAGACUGGCUCCAGCUCGUCACCAGCUCCGCCAAGGAACAGCAGCUCAAGGCUUUCCAGAGGGCCCGCAAGAUCGCCGAAAGACUCAACUUCCCGGCUCCAUCUGACUCGUUCCUGGGCAAGGUUCUUCGACUGGACGUGAGAGGGCGCCAGCAGUACGCGGUGCCCGCUGACAAUCCGUUUGUUGGCCUCGGGCCGUCGCUACUGCCCGAGGUUUACGCAUACGGUUUCCGGAAUCCGUGGAGGUGCACUGUUUACUCGCCGGAGCAGGCCCAGGUGCGUCUGCUGUGCGGAGACACGGGGGUCGAGCAGCCACACGGGCCCGAGGAGGAGGCGGUGUACCUGGUGGAGGCCGGCAGGCGCCACGGCUGGCACCACGGGGCGCCCUGCUUCGGGACAUGCCGCCGUCCAGCCAAAGGUGGAGUGGUCGACAGCAGCCCCGUCUUCCGUUACAGCAGGGCCGGCGGCGGCCAGGCCAUCGUCGGGGGCGUCGUGUACGGAGGCCGUGCGCUGCCGGCGCUCCGGGGAAGGUUUCUCUACGCCGACUUCGUUCACGGGUCACUUCAUGCACUCAACCCAGUGGCCGAACACAGUACGUGGAUCUCCGAAGACCUUUGUCUCAAAGCAUGUGAGGGUCAACGGAACAGUCCUGCAGCCUUCUACGUGCUCGCAAUAUCGACGGACGCUGAAGAUGAACCCUUGAUACUGACCACGACUGACUUGAGGAACAAUGUUCCAAAUGGAGUCGUCUACCGUCUCAAGGACGGCGGCUGCCAGGACAGUCAAGGAGCCUUCCACGCCACGGGGGGAAUCUUCGGGCCGGCCAUAUUCACGGUGGCGCUGGCGUUUGCGGCUCCCUAGGCCAGCCUGCUAGGAGUCCCACCAAGGGCGCUGCUUUAACGUUGUGCCCCUCUUGGCUAUG